UACCUCUUGGAGUCUGGGCUCUGAGAUGCCUCUGAAAAGAGGAAAGAAGGCAGAAGAUCUGGGAGCCCCACGGGACUGGAUUCAGAUUCUGAGUAGACUAGCCGUGUGGCCUCAGAGGGACCCAAAUAGGGAGCAGAACAGCCAGCUCCAUGGAGAUGACCUCAGCUGUGGAGAGAAGUGGCCGUGAGCCACAGCUGCAUAAUGGACACCUUCCAAGACCCUGGUCCUGCUCUCUGGAAGACAGAAAACCCAGCCUGAUGGCCCCCCAGCAUGCCAGGGCAUGGGGCAUGCAGCUCCAAGGCCCCUCUGUGCUGGAGUCCAAAGUGAGGGCCUUGAAGGAAAAAAUGUCCGCAGGCAAACAGGGGGUGAGCCCCUGCCUCACUUCUCAUGAGCGGCCGUCCAAGAAACCCAAAUGCAGGCGAGUCAGGGGGGGCGCACCUGGGAUUCUGUCGGAGCGGUCUUCCUUGCCCGAUGCGGAGGAGGGCCUCCCUACUCAGAAUCUGCCCGAUGGGCAGCUGGACAGCGGUAUCAACAAGGAGGAACCUGCCCAGAACGGGGGUCCCAGACCUCCCAGGCCACCUUCUAAUGGGCUGGAGUGCUGGAACGGGAGGAGCCCGUGGCCUCCAGAAGCAGUACAGGCCUUGACGGACAAUGAGGGGAGUCUGCCACCAGGGCCUGGCUCUUUGCAAGAGAGCCCUGUUCACAGAGUCACCCCAGGCCAGCCUGGGGGCCCUGGGCCUUGUAACAAGGUCGCCCACAUGCCCAACCUGAGGAAAGGAAGGUCAUACGCCCUUCAGGAUGGUCUAGGUUCAGGCGGAGACCUGGACAGCUUGUCUCUGACCUGCGAGGAGGACUUUGCUCCCAGGCCAGCCCUGCUGGGGGGGCUCUGGCGAGCUGCAGAGCUGGGGGCUCUGGGCACUGGGGGCAGUGCCUUAUCCCUGUCUGACCAGGUGGAGAGGAACCGCCUUCUGCUGCAAGAGAUGUUAAAUGUUGGGGGUCAAGGCCCGCCCAAGGUGGGAAUCCCAGCCUGGACUCCAUCCUGGGACAGACGCCCACCAGAGCGGCCAGCAGGGGACGUGGACUGGGACUCAGGUGUCUCCCUCCAGGACUCAGACCAGAGCAGGACCUUUGGUCCCAAGCCGGAGUCUGCGCUGAGCCCCAGGCAUGAGGAAGCCAAGCACCUGCUGCAGCGAGCCCGCAUGAAGGCCCGGACGCGGCCCCUCCGUGCCAGCCAUGAGAUCGCGCCUGUCGUUGCCCAGGGUGGCCGAGACGGCUGGAGAAGCCCAGCCCCGGACGCGAGGAUGCCCUUUGCCUGCAGAGACACGCCGCAGAACGGGAACACGAGCGACUCCUCCAGCGGGGAGUCCAGCAGCGGGCAGUGGCCGAAGCGGGGCGCCUCCCCGUCCCGCGUGCGCUUCGAGGACGAGUCGGCCCGCGACGCGGAGUCCCGCUACCUGGAGCGGCUGCGGCAGCGCCCGGCGCGGGGCGGCGCGGGGCAGACGGCGGCGCAGGGCCCGCUGCGCUCCAAGCCCGAGCUCGCCCACUACGUCCGCGGGGGCUCCGCGCGCACCGACGGCGGCGAGGGCGCGCUCUGCCGGCUCGUGGGGCGGCUGGAGCAGAGGGGCUUCCCCGCGCAGCCGCCCUUGCGGGGCAGCGACAGGAAGUGCCAGGCCUGCGGCAGCUGCCUCGACGACCGGCGCCCCGGCGCGGACCCCAGGGCCCUCCGGGAGCGCGAGGGAGCAAGUGGGGUGCCGGGGGUGCGGGCGGAGCCCCUCAGCGCUCGGGGCCCGAGCCCCCCCUUCAGGCCCCUCCUUGCCAAGCCGGGGGGCCACACGGAGUGGAUCCGGGAAACGCACAUCGGAGACGCGGUGCGCCCCGAGGAGGCGGACUCCGCGCUGGACAGCACGGACACCUCCGACAGCUGCAGGACCGACGGCGAGGAGGCUGGGACCUCGCAGCCCAGCAGGGCUCGGGGCCCGGCCCGCGGCAACAGCCCCCGUCCACGGGGCUCCAGGCCCCGAGGAGGCCCCAGGUGGUUCCAGAAGGCCGGAUGGGAGCUGCCGGGGAGCCCUCAGGCCCCUCACUACCUGCCGGGGGUUGAGCACAUGGAGGGCGUCGCGGAGAUGAAAGAAGGCAGGGGACACCUGCCCGAGGGGACUCAGUUUCCCAGAGAAGAUGCUUUCACCAAGCCUCCUACCCUGGAAUCCAAAAAAGCUUCCCUGGGCUCCCAGCGGCCGCCUGGACCAGGGCCGGGAAACCACUGGGUCCACGCUGUGGAUUCCCCGGCUCUGAGCAGGACAGCCUGUCUCCUGGCCUCUUCCACGAAGCUGGGGUCCUCGGUGCCAGGCAUACAAGCCCAGGAUGGAGGAAGCCAUGAGUCUCUCCAGACUGUGUCUGCUUCCUCCCUGCAAGAGAGUCACGCAGAGCCCUCUGCCCUGCACCAGGCCCAGAAGCCGACUUCCUUCUCCGCCAAUGGCUGGGUGCCAACCCCUCCAUCUUCAAGGAAAACCACUUCACCUGUGUCUCAUAGGAAGGCAGCCCUGGCUAGACCCGGGAGGCAGGGAGAGCCUCUGGACCCGCCUCUAACUCCUCCGAGAAGUGGAGUUCCCAGGACCUGUGAGCUCUCCCCUGCCCAGACCCAGCCCUGCGGCCCUCCAGUCAGGCAUCCUCUGCUGGCCCUGUCCACCAACAACUGCAACAACAGCACGCCUCUGGGGCUGCAGGAGCCCCCCAGAGGGGCCGGCCUCGAGGGCAAGGUAGAGGAGGGCCCCUGCAGCCAGGAGCUGCCCCCAGAGAACGGCAGCAGCCACGGAGGAGUGCAGGGCUUUCCCGACUCCGCAGCUGCUGGCACGGUCAGCUCCGUGAGCAUCACCCUCUCCCUGGCCUCGGAGGAGCCAGAGUCCAGCCAGGAGCCAGAGGGAGGUCUGCAGAGGCCAGAGAUGAGUCCUGGAGGGCAGGUGUUAUCCCGAGCACCCCCGGGGGUGAGCGCAGGACCUGGGCCGCGCUCCGCUGCCCCUUCUGACAGCAGCAAGAAAAGCAGCACCAGCCUGGCCUCCACCCUGGGGCUGAAAAAGCUCUUCCAGGCCCUCGGCCACGGUGUCAGGCCCAAGCUGGGCAAGGCCCGCAGCCACAGUGUGGAGCAGCUGCAGCCCCCCGCGCUGGGCCCGGCGCCCCACACCAGCACCCCCAGAGUGAAGAAAGCCCCGUCGUUACAGUCCCUGCAUCUGGUGUCGCCGUCCCACCAACAUCGGAAAGCUGCCUCCUUUCAGAACCUCCAUUCUCUGCUGAGUGGCAAGGGAGACCGGUCCAGCCUCUACGUGGUAGGGGAGCCAGGGGACUACAGUGCAGCUGGCCGAGCAGCCAAGGCCUCACCCCGGCGUGCCCUCAGUGUGGAGGACGUGAGCACCCCCAGCCAGGCGCGCACGGUGGGCCGUGUGGUGGAGGUGUUCCCAGAUGGCACAACCCAGCUGCAGCUACAACGCUCCCCGGAGGGCUCUUUUGGCUUCUGCGUGGCCUCCGGGGAAGGGCGCCGCGACGCAGGGUUCUACGUGCAGGAGAUGGCUGAUGCGAGCAUGGCCAAGCUGUACUCGGGACUGCUGGGGGUAGGGGAUGAGAUCCUCGAGGUGAAUGGGGCCAAGGUUGCAGGGCUGGGCUUGGCUCACGUUAAGGAGCUCCUGGCCCACGCAGAGAGCUUGUCAGUCCGUGUGCUGAGGCACAGACCUUUCCCUCGGUGACCCAGGGCUGCUCUUGCCCUCACUGUCGCCCCCUCGGCUGCCCUGACCUACCCCAGGAAGGAUGGCUGGAAAUGCACUGCAUGAAGCUGCUUCGUGGACGGAAAAC